CUCUCAGAUUAAACAUUGGUUUGAUCUGAAACCGAACACGCAACUACAAUGGCUGCUGACCUAAAGAGUAAUGCUAGUCUGCGCUUGACGCAAAUCAAAGACUUCCUGACCCUAAACAAGACCGCGACGGCGAUUCCUUGGGAUCCCGAUUGUACAAUAUUUCCAACCAGGAAGGAGCUUCCCGUUAUUCCUGGAGCGCCCGCAGAAGCCGCUUGGGUCUGGGGUGAGCACGAUUAUAUUGGCCGCCUUAAUCUCCUUACCCCAACGCGUGUGGCAGCUGCUGCAAGAGAAAUCAGGACUGGCGAGAUUGUGCCUGUCAACCUCCCACUAGAUGUUCCCAACCAGCCUGCGUUCGACCGCGAGGUAUUCACGCAUGAGAUCAAGACCGUUGUUGAGGGUAUUGCAUAUGAUGACAUCUACCAUCUGAAUACCCAGAGCGGAACGCAAUGGGACGGAUUCAGGCACUUUGCCCACAUAGCAACCGGGUCGUUCUACAAUGGCACAAAAAGCAGCGAUAUAACCGGCCCAUCGGCAAAUCAUAAAUGCUCCAUUCACCAUUGGGCUGAACAUGGCAUCGCCGGCCGGGGUAUCCUUCUUGACUAUCGUGGCUACGCGCACAAGAAAGGUAUCAACUAUGAUCCAUUUGACUACUACCCAAUCUCAUGGGAAGAGCUCUAUCAAUGUGGCAAAGACCAAGGCGUCGACAUUCGGCCAGCUGCUCAGGGUGGCGAUAUCAGACACGGAGACAUGCUGUUCAUCCGAAGCGGCUGGAAGGAAGCUUACGACAGUAAAAGUGACGACGACCGGACAAAAGCUGCACUGAGGCAUGGAAGUGGGAAAGACGGAGAAGAUGGGCAGCGGUACGCGGGUCUGAGCCAGGAGCCAAAGAUUCUGGACUGGCUGCAUGAUUGUUACUUUGCUACAGUUGCAGGGGAUGCUCCCGCUUUUGAGGCAUGGCCUACGCAUGAAGAUUAUUACUUGCAUGAAUAUCUUCUCGCGCUUUGGGGCGUGCCGAUCGGGGAGAUGCUCGAUCUCGAGAAGCUCGCUCGAAUGUGUCGGGAGAGGAACAGGUGGUUCUUCUUCUUCACUUCUGCACCGGCCAAUUGCCCAGCUGGUGUGAGCUCGCACGUCAAUGGAACAGCAAUAUUCUAAGCGUAGAGCACAAAUUUUGAAACAUAAGUAGCCAGUAGAAGAGCCAAGAAAGGACACUGGCGCCUGUAUAUGGGAAAUCUCGAGACACUAUAGAACUUUGACUCAAGGCUCAACUAGAUCAACGAUGUGCACGUAUGGCAGAAAUCCAAAUCCAGCUUCAAG